CUGUUCCAAACCACGUGGACACGCGGGGGCUGCGGGGCCGAGCGAGGGAAUCCCGGUCGCCACCGCCGCUGUCGCCACCGCCACCCGGGUUGCAACCCCGCGCCUGUCUGAAGUAGCCGCGCACCGGCCGCCCACGCCUUGCGCAGAGGGCGCACAUGGCGACUCAGGCGCACUCCCUCAGCUACGCGGGCUGCAACUUCUUGCGCCAGCGUCUAAUUCUCUCGACUCUGAGCGGGCGCCCCGUCAAAAUCCGAAAGAUCCGGGCCAGAGACGACAACCCGGGCCUCCAAGAUUUUGAAGCCAGCUUCAUAAGGCUGUUAGACAAAAUAACAAAUGGUUCUCGAAUUGAAAUAAACCAAACAGGAACGACCUUAUAUUACCAGCCUGGCCUCCUGUACGGUGGGUCUGUGGAACAUGACUGCAGUGUCCUUCGCAGCAUCGGCUAUUACCUGGAGAGUCUUCUUUGCCUGGCUCCAUUUAUGAAGCACCCAUUAAGAAUAGUUUUGCGAGGAGUGACCAAUGACCAGGUUGACCCUUCGGUUGAUGUUCUUAAGGCAACGGCCCUCCCUCUUUUGAAACAGUUUGGAAUUGAUGGUGAAUCACUUGAGCUAAAGAUUGUGCGACGGGGAAUGCCUCCUGGAGGAGGAGGUGAAGUGCUUUUCUCAUGUCCCAUAAGGAAGGUCCUGAAGCCCAUUCAGCUCACAGAUCCAGGAAAAAUCAAACGUAUCAGAGGAAUGGCGUACUCUGUACGUGUGUCACCUCAGAUGGCGAACCGGAUUGUGGAUUCUGCAAGGAGCAUCCUCAACAAGUUUAUACCUGAUAUCUAUAUUUACACAGACCACAUGAAAGGAAUCAACUCUGGGAAGUCUCCAGGCUUUGGAUUGUCACUGGUUGCCGAGACCACCAACGGCACCUUCCUCAGUGCUGAGCUGACCUCCAACCCCCAGGGCCAGGGAGCAGCAGUGCUUCCAGAGGACCUGGGCAGGAACUGUGCCAAGCUGCUGCUUGAAGAAAUCUACAGGGGUGGAUGUGUGGACUCGACCAACCAAAGCCUAGCUCUAUUGUUCAUGACCCUUGGACAGCAGGACGUUUCCAAAGUCCUGCUAGGACCGCUCUCUCCCUACACGAUAGAAUUUUUGCGGCAUUUGAAGAGCUUUUUCCAGAUUAUGUUUAAAAUCGAAACCAAACCAUGUGAUGAAGAACGCAAGGGUGGGGAUAAAGUGCUGAUGACCUGCGUUGGCAUUGGCUUCUCCAACCUUAGCAAGACCCUCAAGUGAUACUGUCACAGAAUACAAGCACCCAAAGACACCAAGUCCAACUUCGUCCAUGACAGCAUGGCCUCUGAUAUUAAGGCCUUUCUUAACUUUCCAUUUAAAAACAAUCAAAAUAUGCAAAUAAAAGACAUCUUUUUAUCAUGUGGUUUCUGCCAUUUCUCCGGUGGUACUGACAUUCCUCAGGAGCCCUGUGGUGAUGAGCUCCCUUGGCUUACCUGCCCCAGGAACGUGCCUUCAGGACAGUCAUGCUACUAGACCAACAUCAAGAUGCUUUCCAACAGUGCUUCCUCAGCCCACACCCCUGGGCUCCCGUCGUGUGGCCCUUUCCAGACCUGUGGCGUCUGUUACUAUUCUUUCUGCAAGGAUUGACCUCUCCGAACCUUGGUUUCUGUGUAAGGAUUAAAUGGGGUAAUAACGGUGGAAACUAUGAGUAGUGCGGUGUUAUGC